UAUAUUCCUCGGUUUGCCUGUAAUUUGCAGAUGAUGAAAACCAGACGGAUGGCUCAGUGCUCGGUAAGGUAGUAUAGGGAUGGGAGCUUUGACAUAAGAGCAGCUUUUACAGAAAACACCGAGUUAAGAAGAUUCAGGCUCAAGCUAGAUUGCUUCUUCCCUCCCCUCCCUUCCUCCCCCCCCUUUUGUCUAUUUUUACUGCAUCAUUGGUAUGUGUCCAAGGAAAGUCGGCCAUAUCAUUCGGAAAUGCAAGGGGAUAAACUUUUGAUCGGAUCUCCUCAGGCUGAGAGACUCCGAAGUAAAUGAGCUGAGGAAGAAAGAAUUAAAAGGAGAGAUUGCUUUAGGCGAACUUCCGUUUGUUGUCUGCUCUGCCAACACCAGUGUUAAAUAACGAAGAAACCGCAGCAAGCCCUUUCCCACUGCCUUUCCGAGCAAUUGUGCAGGCUAAACGGGAACAGGACCCAUAUGUCAGUGGUCUAGGAUGGCCAGUGAAGGCUCCAACAUCCCAAGCCCUGUGGUCCGUCAGAUUGACAAGCAGUUUCUGAUUUGCAGCAUAUGUCUGGACCGCUACAAGAACCCCAAAGUACUCCCCUGUCUGCACACUUUUUGUGAGAGGUGCUUACAGAAUUACAUUCCAGCCCAUAGCUUAACCCUUUCUUGCCCCGUGUGCCGCCAGACCUCCAUUCUGCCAGAGAAAGGGGUUUCUGCACUCCAAAACAACUUCUUUAUCACCAACCUGAUGGAUGUCCUGCAACGAACACCAGACAACAGCAUUGAAGAGUCCUCCAUCUUGGAGACUGUCACUGCUGUUGCUGCGGGCAAACCACUCUCCUGCCCCAAUCAUGAUGGAAAUGUGAUGGAGUUUUACUGCCAGUCCUGUGAGACAGCCAUGUGCAGGGAGUGUACAGAGGGAGAACAUGCAGAGCAUCCCACUGUGCCACUCAAAGAUGUGGUGGAGCAACACAAGGCUUCCCUCCAAGUCCAGUUGGAUGCUGUCAACAAAAGGCUUCCAGAGAUCGACUCAGCACUUCAUUUUAUAUCUGAAAUCAUACACCAAUUAACCAACCAAAAGGCUAGCAUUGUAGAUGACAUUCAUUCCACUUUUGAUGAGCUCCAGAAGACUUUAAAUGUGCGAAAGAGCGUGCUGCUUAUGGAACUGGAAGUGAAUUAUGGCCUUAAACACAAAGUCCUGCAGACACAGCUGGAUACCUUACUUGAAGGGCAAGAAAGCAUUAAAAGCUGCAGCAACUUCACAGCCCAAGCCCUCAACCACGGCACUGAGACUGAAGUUCUGCUGGUCAAGAAGCAGAUGAGUGACAAGCUGAACGAGCUGGCUGAGAGGGACUUCCCCUUGCAGCCCCGUGAAAACGACCAGUUGGACUUCAUAGUGGAAACAGAAGGCCUGAAGAAGUCCAUCCACAACCUGGGAACUAUUUUAACCACCAAUGCUGUUGCCUCUGAAACCGUGGCCACCGGUGAGGGGCUGAGGCAGACGGUGAUUGGGCAGCCCAUGUCUGUUACCAUCACCACCAAGGACAAGGACGGGGAGCUCUGCAAGUCGGGGAACGCGUACCUCACUGCCGAGCUCAGCACUCCCGAUGGCAGCGUGGCGGAUGGGGAGAUACUGGACAACAAAAAUGGCACUUACGAGUUUCUGUACACUGUCCAGAAGGAAGGGGACUUCACCUUGUCACUGAGGCUUUACGAUCAACACAUCAAGGGCAGCCCCUUCAAGCUUAAAGUGGUCAGAUCAGCAGAUGUGUCCCCCACCACCGAAGGGGUUAAGAGGCGCGUUAAGUCUCCCGGCAGCGGCCACGUGAAGCAGAAAGCUGUGAAGAGACCUGCAAGCAUGUACAGCACUGGCAAAAGAAAAGAGAAUCCCAUCGAAGAUGACUUGAUCUUCAGAGUAGGCACCAAAGGAAGAAACAAAGGGGAAUUUACAAAUCUUCAAGGUGUAGCUGCAUCUACAAAUGGAAAAAUAUUGAUAGCAGACAGUAACAACCAGUGUGUGCAGAUAUUUUCCAAUGAUGGUCAGUUCAAAAGCCGUUUUGGCAUACGAGGAAGGUCUCCUGGCCAGCUGCAGCGGCCAACAGGAGUAGCUGUGCAUCCCAGUGGUGACAUCAUUAUUGCAGAUUAUGAUAACAAAUGGGUUAGCAUAUUCUCAGCAGAUGGAAAAUUUAAGGCCAAAAUUGGAUCUGGAAAGCUCAUGGGCCCCAAAGGUGUUUCUGUGGAUCGUAAUGGACACAUCAUUGUAGUGGACAAUAAAGCAUGCUGUGUCUUCAUCUUCCAGCCAAAUGGGAAAAUAGUCACCAGGUUUGGUAGCCGAGGAAAUGGGGACAAGCAGUUUGCAGGUCCUCAUUUUGCAGCUGUAAACAGCAACAAUGAAAUUAUCAUUACAGAUUUUCAUAACCAUUCUGUCAAGGUAUUUAACCAGGAGGGAGAAUUCUUACUGAAGUUUGGAUCAAAUGGAGAAGGAAAUGGACAAUUUAAUGCACCAACUGGAGUAGCUGUAGAUUCUAAUGGAAAUAUUAUCGUAGCAGAUUGGGGAAACAGCCGAAUACAGGUUUUUGAUGGAAGUGGAUCAUUUCUGUCCUACAUUAACACCUCUGCUGACCCACUUUAUGGUCCCCAAGGUCUGGCCCUUACUUCAGAUGGCCAUGUUGUAGUUGCAGACUCUGGGAAUCACUGCUUCAAGGUCUAUCGAUACCUACAGUAGCAAUGAGCUCUGUGGCUGGAUAAUCAUGCACCCUUCAGAAAAGACUGGUCCUACAGACCCAGUGCAGGAUAUCUCCUACUUUGAAUUAAUUUUUAAUAAUGAAGGAGUCUCUUCCGGACUUCUCCUGUUAAUUUCCAAACUUACCUUGUUUACAUAAAACUUGCACCUCCUAUGUUUCUCACUGAACUUUUUGUUGUAAGGGUUAAUAAGCAAAAUCCUCUUUAACUGAAUUCAUAAAGACAAUGCAAUAUUGAAUGCAAACUGCAGCUUAUGGAACUGGAAUUCACUGAUUAGGCAAAAAUAAGAAAAAUUUGGAAAAAGUCCCCAAAGCUUUUUGAAGACUGCAAAGGGUAGCUCCUUCUCAGAGCUUCCCAAUUUGUAUGCAUUAUUUAACCCAGAGGUGAUCCCAGGAAUCUUCUAGAUCUCAUUAUCAUGGUAGGUAUUACACUUAUACCAUUCUUCAGUCUUACUAUCUAUAACGAGUAGGUCCUUUUAGUAUAAGGUUAAGUCUCACAAAAUCCACCUAGCUCUGUCAGACCUAACACAGCUCAAUGUUUCACUCUCUGAGAAUCAAUGCAAAUUCCCUACUCAUGUGGGAUUAAUGAAGGAUUGUUUCAUGUGCUUGUUUUUCACUCUUCCUCUUGCUCAAUGUGCUGGAAGGAGUUAGCAGAGACCUGACAUUCUGGAGCUCUGGAAAAACUUAAUUGAGGUGAUAUGUUUUGAUUAGUGAGAGCUGAAUUUCUGCAUCAUGACAGACCUUCUGACACCAAAUUAGUUCAUUAGGAUCAGGGUUAUUAACUCAAUUAACCUCAUGUGUGCCACUCUUCUGUAUGUGUUCAUUGCCAUGCUUCCUUAAGGCAACUCAUUGUGUUGACUGAUAAAAUAAAAUGCAGCAUCACACAGGACAGAAAGCCAGAGAGGUACCCCUUUGGAGGACCUACGUUACACAGGCAAAGGAACUGUGGUGAACAGAGGGUGUGUAGGAAAGCCAAGGGUUACCAAAGCUCUUUGACAUGAGAAAAAACACAUUACAAGUAAGAAUGAAUUUGAACCAAUUCCUGAAGUCCUUCAUCAAAGGGAAUUUUGUUAGAGGACAAAAUAAGGACUGUGAGAUUUAUUCUGAUGUGUUUGUAUGUAUGUAUGUAUGUAUGACUGACACAAAAAUUUAAAAAAAAGUAAAUGUAGGUUAUUUCAGCAACCUGGAACCUGGAUGUAUGCCAUUUGACAGUGGCAGUACUUGGAAAAAUGUCCCUACUUCUUCCUUCUGGAUCUCUCUACUGUGUUCUAUGUUGAAGUAUUAAUUUAAUUGGAAAUGCUUACAAUCAUAUGACUUGGUCCUCUUUUUUUAAUGUGUUUUGGGGGGGGGUUGUGUGUGUUUUUGUUGUUGUUUGUUUUGCUUUUUUUUUUUCUUUUUUAAGUUGGAACUUGUCCUUUUUAAAGUAACAUCGGCUUUACUGUUAAUUUCUAAAUCCAGUGGUCAAAGAAUACAUUGCUACUGUAGCUUAAUAGAGGUAGAGUUCUGCUCACUCUUAUACCUCAUUGGAGGAGCUGGUGAGCUUGCUGCCAAUGCCUACAAUAGUCUGGGAAGUACUGUCUUUCUUUUCUCAUUUUUAGGGCCUUGAAACAAAAGGACACUGGGUCAGGAAUAAGGGAGUGUUUUAAGAAUGUUUGAAAACCUGAAAGAAAUCUGUUAAAUUUCUUGUUCUGAGUAUUUGUCUUAUUUUUAAAAGGUUAAGGUGGUUGUUUAUACCAAUUUAAGAAAAACUAAUGGUUUUUUUGUAAAGAUGCAUUUGACUCAUAAAAAUGUAGCCCCUAAAAUUCUUAAAUAUGGAGGUUGACUGUUUUUUUUAAUUACUGUUAAAGAUGUUCCCUCUUCUUCCUCUUUUCAAUUUUUUUUUGCACAUAGAGCAAAUUUUCAAAUUUGUAUGCAAAGAAGUUUCCUUAUUUCAUUGGAGUAAGUAUUUUGCAUUUAUGUCUUAAGGUUUGGAGUAUAUAAUGCAGCUAAGAAACUGGUGGCAACAUUUUUGAGAUUAUAAAGAACAAGUCUUUAUUACCAAGAUAGCAAAAUAUCUUCUUGAACCAAGUUUGUCCUAAAAUUCUGAAGAUGGUAUCUCAGUCAUUACACAAUAAACUGCCCUAUCAAAAUUUAACAUAGUUGUAGAUCAAAUUUUCUGAUAAUCAAGUAACCUUCUUCUAAGUGUCCUUAUAAACAACAUUCUAGCAAACAAUUUUUGACAUUGGGAUAUCCUUGAGUGGCUAAUUUAUCAAUGAAGAAAAGGUACAUUGCAUUUAACUGUAUUUAUUUACAAAGAAAUAGUUUGUACCCAUUCUUAGAGAUAAAAGCUUAAAAAGAAAAUGAAAAAUGUGCUAUUGCUGUCAGUUGUGGAUACUGUUAAUCAAAUCUAGUUCCAAAAUUGGAUAUUUCCUAAUAAUAUUUUACGCAGUUUGCAUGGUUUCCACUCAGGAAACAUUGCCAAAUUCUCUAUUGCCAGGACCUUUGAGAGCUGUAGAAAUCAGACCCUGACCUACCUAUCAAAUAUAUACUUAAGAUGGCACUAGUCCCAAUGUACACUAUUCUUCAAAAGAUUUUCAGUCCUUUUUACUCUGUAUUGUUUCCCAGGAUUUUAUGUAACCUUUGUCAAACCAAUGCAUCCUGAUGAAAUAUGGAAUUCUGCACAUAAACCCCUUACAACCAAGCUAGCAGCUAUUAGGGGUGAUAUGGAUUUUUUCUUAGGAUUGAAUGGUCUUUUGGAUAUUAAGACAUUUUUGAGGUUUUAGGCAUUAUCACCAGAGCUGCACUUCCUGCACCUGAAAAAUGUCUGUAAUUUUGAGUUCCUUGAAAUAGUAAACGCUGCCAGGCAUCAGUGGCAGAAGGCAUUCCCCUCCAGGGUCUCAUUUUUUCUGUGUGGCACUGGGAAGCACAUUGCUUUUAUGGUGUGCUUCUGAAGCCAACUUAGCUAAAAUGCUUUGCUUGCAAACCUUACCAUCAGCAGCCAAAGCAGAAAUUCUGCUCUAUAAAGAUGGCAGAUUAUUUUCUCCUCUAAUGAAGUGAAAUUCAAAAUUGCACUGCUCACUUUGCUGAGUUCUAAGCAUUUAUUAGAGACAUUCUGUUGCCAGAUUUCAGGUGUAACCAAAUGUUCCCUUGACUUUCCUGGGAUGCUAACUGAUUAGCAGCACAGCAUGAAUUGUAAAAGUGUGUGCUUAAUUUAACUAAUUUUCAACUCAAAAGUAAUCACAAAAGGUUAUCAGAUCUUGUGUAAUUUGGAGCAUUUUAGGGCAAACUAGCCAAACAUAUUUUCAUUGUUUUGUGAAUAAAAUAAAAGAAUCUGUUCAGAUAAAUCCAAUAUAAUCAGUAGGAGAUUUUUACAUGGGCUAAACCAGCAGCAGUGUAGCUGGAAAAUAAAAGGAAAAUGGUUUAGGCAAGUAUUUGUCUAUUGUAGAUGGAGAGUUAUUUAUCAAUAAAUGCUCUUUUGUGCUGUAAAAGCUAGAGGGCUUUUGAUUUUAUGUCAAUAUUUUUUAUAACUAAGGAUCUAGUGUUGCCAUAAUGAGAACUACAAGUGCCCAAAAUGUUGUGUUUGCUAUAAAGAAAUGACUUUUGGUUGUGGAUAACAGCCAGUUAUAAAAUCAUGAUGUACAUUGAGAACCUUCUUCAAGCAUUGUAAGCAGUGAUUGUUUUGGCCUGUUUGUAGAGAGCGUGUGAAAGGUAUUUGUGCUACCGAGCAGGAAGAUUUCUAACAGGUUGUGUUAUUUCUGAUGAAUGUACAGCACUCCAGUUGAUGUUUGUGAGCAGCACAGCCUUAACCCUGACACUUUUGCUUUGGCUUUAUGACAAGGGAAUGUUCCCUCAGCUGCAUAGUGUAAGGCAGUAACCCCUGUUAGAAAUCUUUACCAGUUGAUACGCUGCAGCUUUCCAGUUCUAGGAGUGAGUCUGUCUUUUUAUUCUUGAUUUUUAAGAAAGUUUUUGUACAUUCCAUCUCUGUAAGUCAAUCUCAUAUGUUUUGUGUACAUGUAAGCCUUGCACACUCUUGACACUCAUAAUGAAAUACUCCUCUCACUUUUUUGUUGUUGUUGUUGUUGGUUUUGUUUUCUUUUUUUUCCAUCCCCGUGAGGCUAAAUACAAACUUUGUCUCCUUAAGGUCAAGGAUGAAAGAUGCUCAUCAAAGUGUUUGUGUGUGUGUGUGCGUAGUUUUAGCUUCCUGUGUGCCACGGUAUUCUUGAUGCUUUAGCCGACAAUUAAGAAAAAAAUUACUCUGUCUUGGAAAUGUAGGAAAACCAGAGUCAAAUGUGUACCUUUACCACGCACAAAAAUUUCAAAUAAUAAAAAUAAAGCUUGUCUCCUCUGUUA